GUGACAACCUAGCAAAUUGUGACGUUCCGACUUUUACCAUUAUUCACAUUAAAUAUUUGUGAAAUUUAUUUAUUUAUGCAAAAUUUAUUCGGAAGUUAACAUAUUAAAAUGGUUUUUGCGAAAAAUUGGGAAGAUUUUGAAAUUGCAGCUGAGUCCAUGUACAUGGCGAAUCCACAGAACUGCCGAUACACAAUGAAAUACGUCCAUUCAAAAGGCCACAUAGUAUUGAAAAUGACUGACAACGUGAAGUGCAUUCAAUAUAAAGCGGAAAAUAUGCCUGAUUUGAAGAAAAUCGAAAAGCUGUCUGGGAACUUAAUGGGCCAUAUGGCAUCCAAGGAGUAACAAUGUUGAGAGCCAAAUAAAACAAAGUACGGGGGGAUAAGUGGAGACAGAGUAGAUUAAGUUUAAAUGACAUUGUAUUAAUGUUAGCUUUGUAACCACUUAGUGAGUGGAGCGAAAGGCGAUUAAUAACGCCACAGUCGAAAAUAGCUUUUUCGAAAACAUUUCCAUGAAAUGAUUUUAAUUUAUUGUUAACUGAAGAGAUAAUGGAAGAUAAUAAAUUCGUUCUUUUUUGUAAUCAAAAGUA